GCACUUUUUGACAUUGUCAUUUUAUACACAAUACAAAAUCAACUGUUAAAAAUUGGUCUAGUAAAGCUAUGCAAUAAAGCUUGCUGGAUUAAUGUGAACAAACGGACUCGAGUAACCGCAUUCACACAUAUAUCGAAAAACUGAAAGUGCAGAUCUUAAUGAAGAAAAAAUGAUAGGAAUCAUGGAUGGGGCCCAAUGAAAGUGCAUUAGAAAAUUUAAUCUCAUAGAAUAUUGUGUUGUGUAUGAAAUGAGUGUGUUUUGAUAGUAUAUGUUGGACACAGUGAAUGGUAACAUGUCCGAAGAGGAAGACUCGUCCCCUGACAGGGAUUUGGUCCCCACCAAUAAUUCCUCUGUGGUAGGUAUAAAGCGUCUUAAGCAGAUCGAGUCCAUGUUCACGUCCCGUCGUCUCCAAGGUCCGAGAGCUCACACGUUAAGCGUCGAGACCCUGCUGGACGUCCUCUUGGUGUUGUACGACGAAUGCUGUAACAGUUCCCUCAGAAGAGAAAAGGCAGUAGCCGAUUUUAUCCACUAUGUGAAACCGGUGGCGACUGCUUUAAAACGUCUGCGAUUGUCAAGGGACGACUUCGAGCUGGUGAAGGUCAUAGGGCGCGGCGCCUUCGGUGAGGUGUGCGUGGUGCGAGCGUCGUUCAUACAGGGUGGAGACGGUGGUGCUCCCGGCGCCGCCGCGGCCGGCGACAGGGUGUACGCCAUGAAGAUAUUAAACAAAUGGGAGAUGUUGAAGAGGGCGGAAACGGCGUGUUUUCAAGAAGAAAGAGACGUCUUAGUUUUCGGCGACAGGAGAUGGAUCACGAAUCUACACUACGCUUUCCAAGAUGAACACAAUCUGUACCUCGUGAUGGACUACUACUGCGGCGGGGACCUGCUCACGUUGCUGUCCAAGUUCGAGGACCGGCUGCCGGAGGACAUGGCCAAGUUCUACAUCGCCGAGAUGGUGCUGGCCAUCCAGAGCGUGCACGAGCUGCGAUACGUGCACAGAGAUAUCAAGCCGGACAACGUUCUGUUGGAUGCAAGCGGUCACAUCAGGCUGGCGGACUUCGGAUCCUGUCUGAGGCUCGGCGAUGAUGGGAAGGUACAAAGCAACGUGGCUGUCGGCACGCCGGAUUACAUUUCACCGGAAAUAUUAAGAGCCAUGGAGGAUGGGCAGGGCAGGUACGGCCCGGAGUGCGACUGGUGGUCCUUGGGAGUGUGCAUGUACGAGAUGCUGUUCGGCGAGACCCCGUUCUACGCGGAGUCGCUGGUGGAGACCUACGGCAAGAUCAUGAACCACUCCAGGUCCUUCCAGUGUCCGCCGCCCGACGACCACGCCGCACAGGUGUCUGAAGAAGCCCAGGAUCUCAUUCGAAGGUUGAUCUGCGGGUCGGAGAACAGACUCGGCAAGAACGGACUCCAAGACUUUAAGAGCCACCCCUGGUUCGGCGGCGUGGAGUGGGAGACGGUGCGCGAGGUGCAGGCCCCCUUCGUGCCGGACGUGUCCAGCCCCACGGACACCUCCAACUUCGACGUGGACGACACUGACGUCAGGUUGUCGGAGGCGGUGCCGCCGCCCCGCGCCAGCGCCGCGUUCUCCGGCGUGCACCUGCCCUUCGUGGGCUUCACGUACACGGGCGGCUCCGCGCUCAGCGACCUGGGCGCGCCCGCCCGCCCACUCAGCCCCGCCAAGAACGCCACCAGCCAGGCGCCGUCCAACGCCGGGGACCGCGCCGCCGUCAAAGCGCUCGAAAGGGAAAACGCGCUGUUGGCGCAGACCAUAGCCGAGCUGCGGGCCGGGGGCGACGACCCCGCCAGCGACGAACUUAUCACGCUGAAGGAGGAACUGGCGACGCUGUCCAAGAGGAACGCUGAUCUCGAGGCGCAGUUGCGUUGUUACGAGCAGGUCGCGGUCUCAGCGGUCGGGCAGGAUAUUCCGUCAACGCCCCAGGAUAUGGCGGUUCGUUUGAGAGAAAUGGAAUUGAUCGUUCAAUCUCUGACCGCCGAGAAGGAGGAGCUCUUCAAAGAGCGGACUGACUCUAUGGAAAAAUUGAAACUUCAGGAUAAGGAAUUGAAGGAUGCUAUAUCACAACGCAAGCUCGCCAUGGCCGAAUAUAAUGAGGUCACCGAGAGACUAUCCGAGUUAAGACAGCAGAAGCAGAAAUUGUCGCGGCAGGUCCGCGAUAAAGAAGAAGAGUUGGAAGUGGCUAUGCAGAAGAUCGACGCGCUGCGCCAGGACAUCAGGAGGGCGGACAAGGGGCGGCGGGAGCUGGAGGCGAGGCUGGACACGGCCAUCGCUGAAGCCACCAAGGAACGUAAGCUGCGGGAGGAGUCCCUCCGCGGACAGCGCGCGGACGCCGCGGGAGGGACGGGCUCGACCGCCGACGUGGCGCGCCUGCAGGCCGAGGUCGAGGCUCUGGAGGUGCAGUACAAGGAGUCGCUGUCGCAGCAGCAGGCCCGCUUCGGCGCUGAGCUGGCCGCGCUCACCGAGCAGCUGCACGAGGGGGACGCGCUGCGCACCGUGCUCACCCGCGAGCUGCAGACCUCGAAGGAGAAGUUGGAGAAUCGUCGUAUGGAGCAGCUGAGCGACUCCGAGGACAGGCAGAUGCUGAUCAACGAGAACAGGAAGCUGGCCAAGGACCUGGACGCAAUGGCGGAGAACGGUCGGCGCUGGCAGGCGGAGCGUCGCCAGAUGGAGCUGGAGCUGGACGAGCUGCGGGCCAAGAGGGACACCAUGCAGCACUGGGAGACACAGAUAGCGGACAUCAUCCGGUGGGUGGCCGACGAGAAGGAGGCCCGGGGGUACCUCCAGGCGCUCGCCACUAAAAUGACCGAAGAACUAGACUUCCUCAAGCACGCGAGUGUAUCCCGUUCGUCGCCCGGCCCCCCGUCCCCCGCCGUGGGGGGGCCCGUGGGGGUGCCGGGGGGGGGCCCCGUGGGAUCCCAAGCAGGGGGCGGCUGGAGGAACCGCCGCUCGCAGAAACUCGACAAGAUGGAGAUACUCACGCUGCAGUCCUCAUUGCACUCUGAGAUACAAGCCAAGCAGGUCGUCAGUGAAGAGCUCAGUCGAACCCGGGCGGAGUUACUAGCCAGCCAGAGGGAGUUACUGGAGACCCGUCAGCGCCUAGACUCGCUGGCGCACGAUUUGAAGCGUAAGGAGCAGCACACGCGGGACCUCCAGGCCAGACUCGACGCCCCGCACGCCGCUGGCAACUCCUUCUUGGAUCGUCCAUCGUCACAGAUGAGCUAUCUUGAUCAGUUCCUGAAGGAGGGUCCCGCGGAGAGGCACUACGACAACGUUGCGGCUAUCAACGAACAAAAGAUGUCGUUGCAGGCCCGUUACAGGAAUGCACAACAUUUUUGUAACGCAAAGCUAAUGUACGGAUCUCAGCAGUCGGGAGUAUUGAGUGGCUCCGUUGAGUCUCAAGAUGAAAUGGAAGGUCCGAGAGCCUCCUCGCCGGCGUCCACGAAGAGCUCGCCCAGCGAGAUGUCGACCGUUAGUCAAUGUGACCCUUCGGCCGGGCCAGCCCUCCCCGGCAAGGAGAAGGUUCACCAGUUCCUCGUGAGAACGUUCAGCAGCCCCACCAAAUGUAAUCACUGCACGUCGUUGAUGAUCGGGCUGACGCGGCAGGGCGUGGUGUGCGAGCGCUGCGGCGUGGGCGUGCACGCGGCGUGCUGCGCGCUGCUGUGUGCGCGCUGCCCGCCGCCCGCGCGCGCGCGCCGCCCGCUCGGCAUCGACCCCGCGCGGGGACAGGGGACCGCCUACGAGGGAUACGUCAAGGUUCCGAAGCCGGGGGGAGUGAAGAAAGGUUGGAUGCGGCAAUUCGUAGUUGUAUGUGAUUUCAAAUUGUUCCUGUACGACAUAUCACAAGAUCGGAACGCUCUCCCGUCGGUCUGCGUGAGCCAGGUCCUCGACAUGAGGGACCCUGAAUUCAGCGUGACGUCAGUCAAGGAUUCUGACGUCAUACACGCCAGCAAACGGGACAUACCCUGUAUAUUUAGGAUAUCGACGUCACAGAUCGAGGGGGGCAAGCGCUCGCACACGCUCAUGCUGGCAGAGUCCGACUCCGAGAAGACGAAGUGGGUGGUCGCGCUCAGCGAGCUGCACCGGAUACUGAAGCGGAACAACCUGCCCGACAAAUGUGUGUACAGCGCGUGCACGGUGGCGGACAGCGGCGCGGGCGCGGCGCUGCGGGGCGCGCUGUGCGCCUGCAUCCUGGAGCGCACGCGGCUGUGCGUGGGCGGGGAGGCGGGGCUCGUGCUGCUGGACCUGGAGCGGGGCGAGCUCGUGCCCAAGCGGGGGCCGGCGCACGUGCACUCCGUGGUCUACGUGCCCAACGAGCAGCUGCUGGUUACAAUUUCCGGUCGCGGUCGUCACGUGCGGCUGGUCCCCAUUCGCGCGCUGGAGGCUGACGUGGACAGUGUCAAACUCCCCGAGACCAAGGGCGCGCUGACACUGGCAGCCGGCGCGACCAGAGCCGGCGCGUGCGGGUUCGCCGUUCUUUGCAAGAAACAGAACGCGUACAUCGUGAACGUGUACGAGAUAACGCGCACGGCGGCGCGCUGCGUGCGCAUCGCGGAGCUGCGGGCGCCGUCCGCCGUGUACUGCGUGCAGCUGUCGGCCGCGCGCCUCGUGCUGGGGUACCGCGGCGGGUUCGCCAGCCACGCGCUGCCGCACCCGCGCCGCGACGCCGACCAGCCCGCGCGCAGUCUGGUGCAUCCGGACAACCAGGUGAAUCUGUUCCUGUCACACUCUGGCGCGCGGCCGCUGUGCUGCGCGGCGGUGGGCGGCUCCGGGGACACGCUGCUCGUGUUCAACACGCUCGCGCUGUACGUGGACCGGCACGGACACCGCGCGCGCGACGCCGAGCUCAUGUACACGGCGCACCCCACGCACCACGCUAUAAACGAGUCGCACCUCCUCAUAUUCACGCAAACACACAUCGAUAUAUACGACAUCGAAACGAGCGAAUGGGUGCAGACGAUCAACAUACCCAACGCCCGACCCCUGGACACGUCUGGCUGGCUGAUCUGCGUGGGCGGCGGCAACAACGGCUUCCCCUUCUCUGGGGACGCCGCCCCCUACAUCGUCUACCUGAAGCCGCUCAUGAGCCAGGGUCCCCUGAAUGCGGACUUGUUAUCGUCGCGAACCGGCACCAGGCGACUAGCUGUGAGAGAUCAGUCGCAGCACGCGCUAGACGCGCACACUCGACUUGCGGAGCGACGUUCCCGCCUGAUCUCAGCCCCAACGAACUUCUCCCACGUGUCCCACAUGGGGCCCGGCGACGGCAUCCGCUCACAGAGGCUGCUCGACCUGCCCACCACAUUGGAGACUGCAGACGAACAGCAGGCCUACAGCAGCAGGGAGAGCAGUAAGCGGACGUCUCCGCUGACGAUAUCGCACGGCACCGGCUCCUAUAACGGUUCGUGGCGGGCGGCUCGCACGAAGGACGCGCCCCCCUCGCCGGUCCUGUCGCACCACCGGCCCAUGGAGAGGUCCAUAGGGGGAGGUUCGCAGGGGAGUGGCUCACUCCUCCUGGAGAGGUCCAUAACGCCGCUGAGUCUGGGCAGCAUGAGCUCCCUGCACGACGUGCUCAAGGUGGGGGCGGAGCUGGGGGAGGGCGCCCCGUCGGGGGACAGCAGCUGCGGCGCCUCGCCCCCCCACCCCGCGGACCCCUGAUGAAGCCAACUGACCGCUUGGAACAUUGACAUGUCCAGUCUCUACGCUUGCUUUUGUUGAGGUCGCGCUAAAAUAGCUCUUAUGUUGUCGUGCGAGAGGCUACAGGCGGGAAUGGACUUGAGACGUUUGGAUACUCAGCAGAGGAGGACGCUACAAGGGUCUCUCAAAAAUCACCGAAUCUCAUAAAGUUAAAAACCGCCUCCAGAAACUUUAAUAAUAGAUUUACCGACUUCAAAAAAAAAAAGGAGAUUCUCAAUUCGAAUGAUUUUUUUUUUAAAUAUGUUGUCACAUUAAGACUUUUUUCUAUGUGAAAUGAUUUUGAAAUUAUGCUUUUUAUGUGUUUUUUUUAUUGUAUCAAGAUCUGAUCAGUGGUUUCUGAGUUAUAAUACUUAAUAAUGCAUUUUUAAUUGAAUACAUUGACUAUGUUCUCUUUUGAGUUUGUCGAAGUCGGUUGUAUUUUUGGUCGAACUAUAAUUAUUAUUUUUGUUGGUUCUGUAUAUGUAUAGCCCAAUAUAAUAAAUUUAAUUUUUGCGAACAAAAGUCGCUUAAAGAACCUUAGAUGAUUUUCAUUCUUUUUAUGUUUAUUAAGCUCCAAUUAAAAUUCGAUUAACAAUAUAAAUUCAUCAACAAUACAAUAAUAUAUCGAAGGGUGAAAUGAUAUUUUGGUUUAAGCGACAUUUAUCUUUGUAAUUAAAGAUGCUUUUUAUUUGGUAUUAGCAUCAACAGUUCGAUGUUUUUAAUUGAGCUUCAAUUAAGCUUACUAAGAAAUUGCUGAAGAAGUUUUUUUGUUAUGAUUAUUUUUUCCAAAUUUUCAAACUUUAAAUGGCUCUCUGGUAAAAUUGCAAAAAUGUCCCUUAAACCAAAUAGUCUUACAUCCGUCGACAUAUAUAAAAAAGCGAGUGUAUGUUUGACUCUACCAUUGAAUAGAUCUUGAUACUGGGUUCAAUCUCUUGCAAAUAUUUAUCAGCACCAUAACAUUAUGAUACAAUAAGAAGGCGUGUAGAAAAAUGUUUUUGAUUUUGUUUUGUCAACGUUACUAAGUAUAUCGAUUGAUAUUAAAAACUUUAUUAUUCUGCAGACCGUACUUGUGACGUAUGAUAGAUACAUUUGAAAAAAAUUUAUACAUUACAAAUGUUUGGUUCCUACAUAUAAUAUAUGAUUUAAAAAAAAACAAGCAUGUUUGCUGUAUAAUUUAUUUAUUUAAAAAAAGAUUAUCUAUAAUGUACAAAAAAACCUUCCAAUAAAACAAUAGUAGGUUAGGAGGUAUAAAUAAUGUUUAAUUCGGAAACUGAGUUUACUUUAUUUGAACACAUACGUGGAGUUUUUUUUAUUUUACUGAUUUGUGUUAGUCGAUGUUGCUUAGUGGCAGAAUGUACAUAACAAGGAGGCGCGAUCCCGGUCGACCUCUGUACUACACCAAAGUUUUUAUUCUGACUUGUUCUUCUGACCGUACCCGUCUUUGUGUGGUGGAUCUUGAAGAAUGAAUCUCAAUUUGAUCAAAAAAUUAAAUUAUAUCUCUAUAUUUACUGGUGGUAGGACCUCUUUUGAGUCCGCACGGGUCGGUACCACCGCCCCGCCUAUUUCUGCCGUGAAGCAGUAAUGCGUUUCGGUUUGAAGGGUGGGGCAGCCGUUGUAACUAUACCUUAGAACUUAUAUCUCAAGGUGGGUGGCGUAUUUACGUUGUAGAUGUCUAUGGGCUCCAGUAACCACUUAACACCAGGUGGGCUGUGAGCUCGUUCACCCAUCUAAGCAAUAAAAAAUAUAUAUUAGUCUCAUGCAGUAUUCACAUAUUACAUUAUCUACCAAGCGUGUGUGAUUGAAGUGUUCACGAACGCUCACAUGUACGAAGAUCUUUCAGUUAAGUAUACUCAAUGGAACAUUUCCAAUAUGCAGACAUUCAUUUUUGUAAUAAAUAUAUAUGUGUGUUUUGAUAUGUUUCUUCUUAUAAAUUAGGCUAAAAAGUCUUGGAGCUAUCGGCCGUGAAUCAAAGAAUGUAAACUCAGUUUCAAGUAUGAAUCGGAUGUGGCUUUUAGGUCAAUUAGUAUUUAAAAAAAAAACAAACAAAAACAAACAAUGUUUCACAUGUGUGUGUUUUUUAUAAUGUAGAUAAUAAUAAGAAUAAUAAAAAUAUGAUAAUAUCGAAGCUAUAAUACAAAAUAUAGUAAUUAAAGACUUAUUACAACAACAACAACAACAAAGUAAAUAUGAUAUUUGUUAAGUAAUGCGUAAUUAAUGUAACGUUUAUUUAAGGGUCUGUUCGUGUUGUUUAAGGUCCGGUCGCACGACGACGUGUUUCGUUGCGAUAUAUAUAUAUAUAUAUAUAUAUGUAAUGUAUGUACAAAGACUGAACAGUAAGUCAGUCGCUGGCCCAGAUCUCCACCGCGACGCUGUAAGGCUGAUGGCACACCGGCGCCACCGAUGUCAUUCUCCCAUAUGUGUGUAAUUAACGAGACAAAAAAACGUAUAAUCGAUUUGCGAUGAAUUAUGGUUCGACGAAGAAAAAUUAUAUUGUUUUUUUUUAAAUCUCGGCACAAUACAAAGGCGUGCCCGGUGUGUGACCUGCCUUAUUGUAUGCUAUUUAUUUCACUCGAGUCGCACGAGUCAUCAAUAAACAUCCUCAUUACUUAAAUUAUCUAAAUUGAUAUUGACAAGUCGCAUGCGGACUUUUCAGGAUCCAUUAAUCUCUAUUCAGAUGAAUUGUGGAAGGGCUAUUCCACCAGGUCAGACUUAGAUCGUUACUGCGGGUGACGCCGUGAUGUAGUCAGGUCCUUAGUCCUGGAUUAUUUGAAAUUGGAACUGUUCCUUCAGUGCACGGCGUAGCUUCACUAUCGAUUACAGCUAUUCCCCUUAUAACACGGUACUCUUACAACGCGUUUUCAUAUUACGCUAUUUCACUCUCUCGUAUAACACGGAUAUUCCGCCAUAUAACGCGGUGAUUUCAUACGUUAUAUUUCUGUACAUACUUUGAAAUUUAUAAUGAUUUGUACAGUUCACAAUUUAAUUUCGCGUACCUUUGCACAUUGUGUUAUUAUAAAAUUAAAUUAAAAUAAAUUAUUAGGUUCACAUUGGUAAACAUUGGUUUUAAUGUUUUGUAUUUGUAUAUAUUUUAUAUUUGUACAUAACGCGUUAUAUAGGGGUCAUACAAACUUGUUAUAUGAGGAUAGUCCUACAACGCGUUUCGUAUAACGCGGUACCAAUCAGCCGUGUUAUAGAGGGGAUUAUUGUAUAUCGAUACUUACGUACGUGGCACUUCACUAUUGUGUCGAUUAAGCGAGAACACUUCUUCCGCUUAAAAUAGAGAGGAGCUGCUACCUAACAUCGUGGCGGGUGUGUUAUUAGUCAAUAACUUUGUGUGUCCAAAAGUUCCGCUAGAGGGCGCUUUAUAGUGAAUACCUUGUGCUUAAAAAUUUACAAACUAAAAUGUCCCGUGCGAUUCGUGUGAAUUAUCGAUAACUAACUUUUGUCCAUGACAAUUCAUUAGACUCUCAAUUCGAACUGAAAAUUGACACUGCCAUUCCUAAAACAACUUUGUAAUUAGUCGAUUUAAAAAUGAAUUAAAAACGUGCUUUGAAUCGUUUUGUUACAGGCAACGAUGUGAUCGCUAACUUAAUCGAUUCAAAAAUAUAUAUUUUAAUUUUUUUUUGUAUAUAAAUAAAAAUCGAUAAUUAUAACCUUAAUAAUCGUGACCGACAAACAUUUUACCAAAUUAAUCGUCACAUUAAUGAAUUAAGUAUUCAAUGUUUUGCUUAUGACAACAACUAUCGCUUUAUAUAUAUCUUAAUCUGUUCAAUCGAAAUAUCGAAGAAUCGAUAAAACAACAAUACGUAAUGGGAAAAUCGAUAUUCUUAUAUGUAAGAAUGUGUUCGAAUUUUUUUUUUUUUUGUAAUUGUUAAUAUUAACAAUCUAGUCUUUUUUUGUUUAUUAUUAUUUUUAUACAAUAGCCGUAACGUAUUAUCGCGAUUGUCGCUUAUUUUAAUAAUAAUGAUAAUAAUAUUAUUACUAUUUUUAGUUUUUAAGCAAUUUAAUUUUGAAAGUGUUUAGUGAAAUUGUAAAUUAAUUUCCGAUUAUUUAUUUUUUUGUUUGAAUGAAAAGAUCGUUGCAGUUUGUCGCAAAAAACUGGAUUUCCUUUAAAAUUGUUCGAAUCGACAACAGUGUGCUUAGUGCGAGUUUUUUUUAACGUUCUCGAUAGCGUAAAAGUUAACUCAAAUUUAUUAUAGGUGGGGCCCGUUUGAGUUUUGUCCCACCUCAUAUACCGAUCAAUAAUUUACUCAUCAAUCAACUCUGAAAAUAUAUAGCGUAAUUUAAAAAAAAAAACUGCACACUCCAUUCAUUCAAACAAAAAAUAAUAUAUAAAUACAUAUAGUAUUAUAUAAGUUAGUCUUGAAUAACUAAAUAGUUGUUCAAGUUAAGAUGUUUUAUUGCGUGAUUAUAAUUUGUACGUAUUACAUAUAUAUAUGUGUAUAUAAUUAUACGUAUUUACGGUUUGUAAUAAUGAAAAUUUACUAUCCAAAGAUCUGUAAUGAGAUUAGUGAAAGAGCGCGCGUGUGAGAGCGAAUGGUAAUAAUUUUUUUUUCUUCAGAAGUUAAUCUUCUCUGCGAUGAAAGUUUUAAGACAAGGAACACAAGGCUUUGUAUCGUCGAAGAAGUAUCACUUCUGUGUGUAACGUUUGAAAGCGCCCAUUCUAUGUUAUUAUUGUUCUUUUACUUUGAAUAAUCACAUUUAAAAUCCACUAUCUAAUUAAGAAUAAAAAAUGUCCACGAUUUUCGUAUUUAUUAAAUAAUUUAAUAUCACAGUAUAAAUAAAUAUAUCUCUUAAAGUAAAUAAGGUAAUCGUGCUCCCCAUACGAACCCACCAAUUUCAAGAAUUGUUAUUCAAUGUUGUUCUUUUAUUUGAACCCUAACGGCAGAUCAGAAGGGGUCACCGGUGCUCAUGGAAACAAAAGUAACGGGACUUGACUCACGACCUUGUCUGGUCUACCACUAAUGAACUAUUACAGAAGAAAAUAAUUGAAUUAAAAACUAAAUUACUUUUACGGUUAAUAUUUAUUUGGGAGUUUAACAACAGAUGGAAGAUCUCCCAUCAAGCGACUGGUAUUGCUCGGUAGACCGAAGAUCUGAAUGUUUUUUUUUUUCUUACCUAUACUGAUAGCCUUGAGAGGCUAUUUCAGCUUCUCCUUGAUGAGUAGGUGAGCUCACGGGCUCAACCUGAGAGAAUUAGCUAACACUGGUCCUAGCAAGAGCAGUGCUUCGCAAAAUCUACCGCUGGGUCGGAAACGCGACCCACUGAGAAGAUCCAGCGAGAAACUCAGUGGUCUAAACUGAGGGUUAUUCGGAUCUCGUAUAUAUGUAAGCUUGUCUUGUAAAUGUCGUUAGCGCGAUUCAGGCAUCUAAAACUGUCAAAUAUCUCGUGUUAGCUGCCGCCAUAUUGAGCGAUCGCAGUCAUUAUUCUAUCCGCGACUACUCACUAAGUUCAAUUAAAAAUGAUCGAACUGUUGAUACUAAUAACAAAUAAAACGCACCUUUAAUUACAAAGAUAAAUAUCGCGUUAAUAAACGAAAUUUUACCCCUUGAUAUCUAUAUUAUUUUAAAUUUGUACAUACAUAUGUACUGCAUGCGCGCGAGUUCAUGUCCAUCGGGCCAGAGGCGACGCGCGGGGUACAGCUCGCCCCGCCCCCGCCCGCCUCCCCGCAUUCGUCUGACGUCGAGUGUUAUCGAAAAUUUACGCUAACGCUAUUAUGUUUAACCAUGACUAUUCCGCUUCCAACAAGUUCAGAUAGAAAAAAAAACCUACUGAAAAAAGAUACAUACUGAUUCCGACUCUGAUCUGUCGGUUGUCUUUUCAUUUGAUAGUGAUUGAAUUGGAAUUAAAAAAAUAUUUUUCUCUAUUACAAAUAAACAAGUAAUUACUUAUCACAUUCAUUUUAUUUCAUAAAUUGCAAAAUUACCUUAGUUACGUUAAACCAAAUUGACAGCUGUUGACUAAAUCGGUAGUUAUUAUCGACAUUACCAUAAUUAACUAGAUCACAGCACUACCGCAUUCCUCAGGAUGGACAUGAACUCGCGCGCCUACAGUACAUAAUUAUAAAUCCAAAAUAUUGUCAAUUUAUAGACAAGAAUCAAUUUGUUAAGAUUGCGCAAUAUAUAAUCAGAAAUUAUUCAUGAAUUUAAAUUAAUAUAUAUAUACAUAUAGAUGAAUAUGUAUAAUAUGUACAAGAUGUGUUAGCUCAGAUGCUGGUGAGUGGUCACCGCCGAUCGACAUGGCAAUGCCGAGGGUCGAUCUAUAAGACUAGAAGUUUUUUAAUCGCGAUUCAAAGAAUCUUGAAUUUUGGCUUUGAAAAAUACGGAUAUAUAAUAAUUGAUGAUUAGUGUUGUAUUAAUAAUUGUGAUCAUACGGGAAGUUUUAAAAUUGACUGCUUAAAGCAAAACCUGCUAUAUGAAAUAUCGAAGUAAUGAAAUUGUUGAUGUCCACGGGCGCCAACGAAUAAUUUACAUAACACUGCGUUUCCCAUUUAAUUUUACUUUCGGUCAAUUUUAAAACGGCCCGUUUAUUUAAUUGAAAAUGUAGAUUUUGCUAUAAAUUUGUAUAAAAUUUGGCGUUUUGUAAGAAAAAUAAUUGAAAUAAGUAUAUAAUAAUAUUUAUAUUAUAUUUUAUAUAGUAUGUAUUCGCUUUCGUUGUAACCAAUGGUUUUUGACAAUACUCAUAAUGUUAUGAGAAAAUGUAUAAGGCAUAAGCGCUAUAUUUUCGAUUGAAUCAAUUAUUUAUUCCAUUAUUUAUACAAAUAAUUAUUUUUUCCGUGACUUGACAUCAGAGGAACAAGGUCGGAUGUUCAUGAUGCUAACAUUCCAAAAUAUAAUCGGUUCUCAUUUAUUAAUAUAUCGUGUUGUGAAAGGCUCUUUGGUUUAAGUGACAUUUUUGAGACUUUACAACAGAGCCAUUUAAAGUUUAAGAAAAACCUUUAAAAAACUUUAGUUUUAAAAAAAGAUUUUUCUUAGUCCUAAUCACUCACCUGUGUCAUUCAGUAAAAAGAGAGUUCAGUUUUGUAUAGCAUAAUAAUAUUGUAUAAAAGAUUAUUUAAAAAAAAUAUAUAUAUAUUUAAAUGUUUAUUUCUUAUUUAUAACACAGAAAAGGAAAUGAAGUCUUUUAUUGUUUAUUCAUUCUGAAUUGUCCCAUAUCAUUAUAUAUACUAAUCCUUCAGUGAUCUAAAUUCGACUAUAAUUCAUUUAAAUUAUAAGUUUGAAUAUUAUUAUGGUUCUAUUGUCAAACACUAUUAUUAUUUCUUUUAAUCACAUAUUUCACCAAGACUACACCACAGACAAAUAAUAUUAAAGACAAACAAUAUUAAUCUAUGCUCAAUUUGACCACAGACUUUAAAUAACAUAAAUAAAUAAAUGACAAUAAAUAAAGAGUAUAUAUGCGUGUGUGUGUGUCAAAUACAUGGUAGGUUGUGUAAUGUUUUAUUUAUUUAUUUAUUUAAUGUAUGUUUGAUGCGUAAUAAACAAAAAUAUUAUCAUUCUGUACUCCUUCUCAUUCUCUAUAUUCACUAAAAGCGUGGGAAAUUAUAUGAUAUUGCGUCUACGCAAUUUUCGUAAAAAGGUGUAAAAAGUUUUUGCUUCACUUAAUCUAAUAUAUAAAAUUCUCGUGUCACAAUGUUCGUUCCCAUACUCCUCCGAAACCGCUUGACCGAUUCUCAUGAAAUUUUUUAUGCAUAUUCAGUAAGCCUGAGAAUCGGCUACUAUCUAUUUUUCAUACCCCUAAGUGAUUAGGGUUGUCCACCCCUAACAUUUUUUUUUAUUUGGACAUUUUUUUUUGUUAUAAUGAGGUAUUAUGUGGUUGAAUGAGGUUUUGUUAUUUUUAUUAUAUAUUCCCUCAUCGUUCACAGCACUACAUACCUCUUUCACUCAUUUACCACAUCCUUACACACUUACAAUAAGUUAGUUUUUUUUUCUACACUAGAAAUUUCCUAGAAAUCUUAUAUAUGGCAAAACAAUGUUUGCCGGGUCAGCUAGUAAUAUAUAGAGAUAUUUGAUUUGAGACACGAUUUUAUUUCUCUGAUGUCAAUUAUUCUUACAAACGGUUUAGUAGGUGUUGUCUGUAAUAAUUACUUGUUGAAUAUCGAAAGCCUUUGUCCGUCUUAUCGAAAAUGUGCUUCCAAGCUCACGUCGCUAGUAACUCUGUUAUUUAUUUGUAUCACUGCUUUGCAUCGCUUAAAAACGGCAAUGCGUUUUCUUAAUAAAUAAAUAAUAAGUCAAAACAAUUAGUAAAAUAUAUAUAUAUGUAUUUACUAAGCCUUAUUUAAAAUUUUAACUCAUUUUUUUUUAUCAUUAUAUUCUGUUCCGUGGUGUUUGAGACCUUAUCCUUUAUAAAAGUAUACACCCUGUAUCUAUAGAUAUUGAACACCCUGUAUAAUAUUUAUAAAGGAACAUUCAUAAACUAUGAUGUCGGAUACAUCCUAUAGGAUCUGAUGACUUGCACUAUUUUAUUUAGAAAUAUACCAAUACGAAUAAUUUAUUUUGAUUUCAUAUUAUUGGAACGAAGUUCCUUAUCGCGCGUUGUGAAAAGGGGCUAGACGGAAAAAAUUCUUACGAAAAGUUGUCACGACACUUUUUAGAUCCGUCAUUCUGACCAAUCAACGUGUAGGCGCUUAUCGCGUGACAUUGCUCGUAUCCGAUUGGUCCGCGUAAUGAGUACAGUUUCUCGAGAUAGCGUUUCAACAAUAGUAAUUUAGUUCAUAGUAUUGUUUUUUUCUUCUUCAUGAUGCCGUAAUUUAUUAUUAUAACUUAAAAAAAAUAAUACAAUUCCUUCAUUAAUUAAUCGAAAGGAACUUCGUUCCAUCCGGGUGUCCCUUGACACCUCUGAAGUUUUUAUAUAAUAAAGAAAAGUAACAUGUUUGAUAUUAAAGUUAAUUGAUGUUGUUUUAAGAUUAUCGAACUACAGAUUCCAAUUAUUGCAAGCUGAUUGCGUUUUGAGGUAAUCUGUUUUAGUUAAAAUGACGAAUACCGCUUCUACUAAAGUUAGUGAAAAUAUAUUAUAAUGCAUAGCUAUUUAUCGAUAACACCGCUAUAAACAAUGAUCUUCCUUAUAAUAAAGAUAUAAUAAUCGUAUUGUUUGAAAUGUAAAUCUUAAAUUAUUGUAUACUUUUAAUCAGAUUAUCAUGUGAAAAUAUCGCGAUACUUAAUUAUUAUGUAAAUAUAUUCUCUAAAUAAAGAAACAUUUGAAGGAC